UGUGUCAAUAAACAUUUAGAGGUCAAAUCCAAACAGGACACUUAAGAUGCCCCAACAAAAGUCAUGGGAUAGAUUGCAAAUUAAAGGAAGGCCACGAUCGACUUCCAGGGCGCAGUUUUCAAACACCCACCACAAUGAGAUACAUAGUCUGUGCUCAGUUAUAUGCUAAUGGUGAUAAUUGGCUGUUCAUAACUAUAGGAAUUCCAUGACUUUUGAUAGGGCUACAGAGCCACAGGACAAGGUCUUUCUGACAGAUUUUACACAGGACACACAUAAGAUUAAAUGUAUGAUAACGCAUAAAUGUGUUAUGAGGCACAAAUACAUAUUUAUGAGGUGCUGCUGGGUGUCAGUAGUAUGAGUCAUAACCUUACUAAAGCAUAUUCUGAACAAUACUAAGAUUCUUCUUAUUAACACACCUACAGGUAAAAUACAUUUAAGCAUCCAACUAGCUAAAGAAUAUAUACAAACUUAAAACUCGUGGAAAAAUUGGUUAAAUUUUGGCAGAUAUUUAGGUUAUAAAUCCUUGCAUGAAAAUACAGUCUUAUCCUUGUAACAACACAGUAAAUAUCCACUGCAUACUGUCUAGGUUAAUAAAGCAUGUCUAGUUUAUAAUUUAGUAUAUUCAUUUCAUAUUCAAGUUACCUCCACAAAUAAUUUUAGGGUAAAGUAUGAUUGACCGCCAUCUUUAAUGGUCAGGACUAGGAUAUAUAUACACGUGACCCCUGACGUACUUGAAUAUACAGUAGUUCGGGUCUGAGGUGUUGAAAGGCCGUUUUUAGAACUACUGUCGAUAAGUAGGUUUUUUAAUGUUGUUAUACUGCGCGGAGUAUUUGCGGUCUGGUGAUUUGGCGAUGCUAGUGUGUGGGUCGUUAGAGUGGGCUGUUAUUUUUCGGCGCCCUGAAAUACUUAAGCAUGGAGGGAACAAGAUUAAAGGUGAACUUAGGAACCGAGUCGGACUGCGCAGACUGGAUGUCCCAACUACCCGAAGGUCUAUGGCAUAUUCCUCUGACCAGUCUUGCGAUCCCAGGAAGUCACGAUACUAUGACAUACUGCUUGGACCGCAGCUCUCCUCUGGUGUCGGAGCCCCCGAUUCUGAGCGUGCUGGAUUUUAUCGUGCCGUGUAUAACCCGCCCGUGUCUCUGUAAAUGGGGGACCACGCAGGAACAGCAGGUGGCAGCCCAGCUCGACGGCGGUAUACGAUACUUAGACCUACGGAUCGCACACAAGAGAGGCGACUACUCCUCUGCCUUUUACUUUGCUCAUGGGAUUUAUACCCUCCUGACGGUGGAGGACGCUCUCAGAGAUAUCGCUGCCUGGCUGAAAUCUCACAGAAAGGAAGUGGUUAUUCUUGCAUGCUCCAUGUUUGAUGGUUUGAAUGAUGACCAGCACAAGCUAUUGAUUGGUUUAAUCAUUAACUUGUUCGGGGACAGAAUCUGUCCUAACACGGUAAAUCCUUCGCUGGGGAUCAUGUGGAAACUGGGCUAUCAGGUCAUAGUCUCUUAUGAUCAUGAAGCAGGUUCCUCUUAUGAAGAACUGUGGCAUCAGAUCCCCUACUGGUGGGCCAAUGAGCUGGACCCUCAAAAAGUCAUCGCAUACCUGGAAGCCCAGAAGCGCUUUGGGAGGCCUGAUGGAUUUUUUGUGGCCGGACUCAAUCUCACAGAGAACGCCAGAUAUAUUGUGACUCACCCCUGCCAGUCCAUGAACAGCCUGACAAUGAGGAAUUACUCCGCCUUUUUGGAAUGGGUGGCGACUCAGAGUCCCGGACCAAGGAGCACAUGCCUGAAUAUCAUCUGCGGAGACUUUGUCGUCGGAAUUAAACAUUUUGCCUCAGCGGUCAUUGAUCUCAAUAAGAAGCUUUUGUGAAGCCCACUGUAACAAUGCCUAUCAGCAGCUAUUCAGGCUUUUUAAAUAUAUUUUUCCCUCUCCUCAUUGAAAUAAAAUGCUUUAUAAGUAUUUUUA